UUGAAGUCAGAUUCCACGUGCUUCUGGGCACUCUCCACACCUUCUUUACAUAUCUCUCUCUUAUCUUCUCCUCACACCAUUUUCUUCUCUUUCUCUUCUUUUCUUCUCCCUCACCUUGCAGCCAUGGAAGAAGGAGCAAAGAACAAUGAAGUUGGUGAUGGAAUGCAAUGCAUUCACCACCCUCACCACACCACCAACACCACCACCACCACCAUUAACCCUGGUGCUAUCUGUGCCUUAUGUCUCCAAGAAAAACUAGGCAAGCUUCUCUCUUCUUCAUUCCCUUCUCCACCUUCACUUUCUUCUUCUUCCUCUUCUCCUCCUUCCCCUUCUCCUUCUUUCACUCCACCACCUCCUCCCUCACUCAAAACCAACCACCACACUCGCUCCCGCAUCCCCUUCCUCCUACCAAACAAAAACACCACCAACUCUUCCUCUUCGGGUAACAUCAUUUUCAAGCGCAGCAAGUCCACCGUCACAUCCACCAGGAGCCACACCCACUUCCUCCACCAUCACCACCACUUCAGUCCCCGGAAAAGAAACGGUUUUUGGUCUUUCUUCUAUCCUUCUUCCAAGACCCCAAAUGGGAAACACAAAGACCAGAGAAAGAGUGAUCACGUGAUUAUCGAAGAGGAAAAGUGUUUGGGCACUUCUUCAUCCUCUUCUAAGGUUUCGAGAUCUAGAUCUGUCGGGUGUGGUAGCAGGAGCUUCUCUUCUGAUUUCUUCGACAGGAUCUCUUCUGGUCUCGCCGACUGCACUCUCAGGAGAGUCGAGUCUCAACGCGAAGGAAAACAUAAGGUUGUAGCUUCUGUUUCUUCUGCUUCUUCUUCUUCCUCUUCUUCUUCUGCUUCUUCUGCUGUGAACCAUUGCAUGAAGGAAAGAGUACGGUGUGGUGGAAUCUUCGGUGGCUUCGCCGUGACUUCGUCGUCUUCUUCUGCUUGGGUUUCUUCCGCUGUUGAUGAUGGCAGAGGAAGGAGUUGGGGUUGGGCAUUCGCUAGCCCCAUUAGAGCUUUUACCACCAAAGGGUCUUCUUCUUCUUCUUCUUCUUCUAAGAGAGACGCUUCUGAUAAGAACGCCACGCCAAAUUUAUCAGCCAUUCCUUCUUUGCUCACUGUUAGAGGCUGAACUCAAAUUAUGCAGAAAACAAAAAAGUGGUGUUUUGGAGGCAUUAUUUUUUGUUUAUGAUGCUUGUUCAUCUUCGUUAAUAUAAUAUAUAAUAUUGUAACACUUUCAAGUUCUAAUUUUCCCUCACAUUAAUUCUU